UAUAGGAAGUCAGUUAUAUCUCUAACAUUCAAACCGUGGGGUUUUUUUAUACUGGCCAUACCACAGUUCUCCUCUCUUUCCACAGAAGAAGUGGAGUCAGAGAAUGUAAUGAAAGAGCAUUGUGUGAAGGAAAAACAAGAUAUAUAUUCAGAUGAAAAGGACAGCAGUGAAUAUUGUGAUGCCCUGAAAAAGGAGAACCCAUAUAAAUAUCUGGAGUGUGGCAAAGACUUCAGUGAGAGUGGACGCCUUAUCUCCCAUCAAAUCGUUCACAGGGGGGAGAAACAACACAAAUGCCUGGAGUGUGGAAAAGGCUUCCGUAAGAGGGCACACCUCACUUCCCAUCACAACACACACGCAGGGGAGAAACCAUAUAAAUGCCUGGAGUGUGGAAAAGACUUCAGACGCAGUAGAGAACUUAAUUCACAUCAGAGAAUUCACACAGGAGAAAAACCCUACACAUGCCUAGAGUGUGGAAAAGCUUUCUGUCAGAGUGGAAACCUUAUUUCCCAUCAAAGAAUUCACAGAGGGGAGAAACCAUACAAAUGCCAUGAGUGUGGAAAAGCCUUCAGACGCAGUGGACACCUUAAUUCCCACCAAAGAAUUCACACAGGAGAGAAACCAUACAAAUGCCUGGAGUGUGGAAAAGCCUUCAGUUGUAGCACAAAUCUUACUAGACACCAGAGGAUUCACACAAGGGAGAAACCAUACAAAUGCCUGGAGUGUGGAAAAGCCUUCAGUCAGAGUGGAAAACUUACUUCCCAUCAAAGAAUUCACACAGGAGAGAAACCAUACAAAUGCCUUGAGUGUGGAAAAGGCUUCAGUUGUAGCACAAAUCUUACUAGACACCAGAGGAUUCACAAAGGGGAGAAACCAUACAAAUGCCUGGAGUGUGGAAAAGCCUUCAGUCACAGCACAAGUCUUGCUAAACAUCAGUGGAUUCACACAGGAGAGAAACCAUACAAAUGCCUGGAGUGUGGAAAAGCCUUCAGACGCAGUGGACACCUUACUUCCCAUCAAAGAAUUCACACAGGAGAGAAACCAUACAAAUGCCUUGAGUGUGGAAAAGGCUUCAGUUGCAGCACAAAUCUUACUAGACACCAGAGGAUUCACACAGGGGAGAAACUAUACAAAUGCCUGGAGUGUGGAAAAGCCUUCAGUCACAGCACAAGUCUUGCUAAACAUCAGUGGAUUCACACAGGAGUGAAACCAUACAAAUGCCUGGAGUGUGGAAAAGCCUUCAGACGCAGUGGACACCUUACUUCCCAUCAAAGAAUUCACACAGGAGAGAAACCAUACAAAUGCCUUGAGUGUGGAAAAGGCUUCAGUUGCAGCACAAAUCUUACUAGACACCAGAGUAUUCACACAGGGGAGAAACUAUACAAAUGCCUUGAGUGUGGAAAAGCCUUCAGUCACAGCACAAGUCUUGCUAAACAUCAGUGGAUUCACACAGGAGUGAAACCAUACAAAUGCCUGGAGUGUGGAAAAGCCUUCAGUCAGAGUGUAAAACUUACUUCCCAUCAAAGAAUUCACACAGGGGAGAAACCAUACAAAUGCCUGGAGUGUGGAAAAGCCUUCAGUUGUAAUGGACAACUUACUUCACAUCAGAGAAUUCACAUAGGAUUGAAACCCUACAAAUGCUUGGAGUGUGGAAAAGGCUUCAGUCACAGCACAAGUCUUACUAAAUACCAGAGGAUUCACACAGGAGACAACCCAUACAAAUGCCUGGAGUGUGGAAAAGGUUUCAGUACAAGUGGAAACCUAACUUCCCAUCAAAGAAUUCACACAGGGGAGAAGCCAUAUAAAUGCCUGGAGUGUGGAAAAGCCUUCGGUCAGAGUGGAAUCCUUAUUUCCCAUCAAAAAAUGCACAAAGGGGAGAAACCACACAAAUGCCUGGCCUGUGGAAAAGUUUUCCGCCACAGCAUAAGUCUUACUAGACACCAGAGAAUUCACACAGGGGAGAAACCCUAUAAAUGUCCAGAGUGUGGCAAACACUUUAGUGACAGUGGAAGCCUUACUUCACAUCAGAGAAUUCACACAGGGGAGAAACCAUACAAAUGCCUGGAGUGUGGAAAAGCCUUCAGUCACAGCACAAGUCUUACUAAACACCAGAGGAUUCACACAGGGGAGAAACCAUACAAAUGCCUGGAGUGUGGAAAAGCCUUCAGUCGGAGUGGAAAACUUACUUCACAUCAAAGAAGUCACAAAGGGGAGAAACCAUACAAAUGCCUGGAGUGUGGAAAAGCCUUCAGACUCAGUGGAGAGCUUACUUCCCAUCAAAGAAUUCACACAGGGGAGAAGCCAAACAAAUGCCUGGAGUGUGGAAAAGUAUUCAAUAGGAGUGACAGCUUUGCUUCUCAUCAAAGAAUUCACACAGGGGAGGCACCAUUCAAAUGCCUGGAGUGUGGAAAAGAGUUCAAUAGGAUUGACAACCUUACUUCCCAUCGAAGAAUUCACACAGGGGAGAAACCAUACAAAUGCCUAAAGUGUGGAAAAGGAUUCAAUAGGCGUGACAGCCUUACUUCCCAUCAAAGAAUUCACACAGGGGAGAAGCCAUACAAAUGCCUGGAAUGUGGAAAAGGAUUCAAUAGGAGUGACAACCUUACUUCCCAUCAAAGAAUUCACACAGGAGAGAAACCAUAUAAAUGCCUGGAGUGUGGAAAAGCCUUCAGUCAUUGCAAAAGUCUUACUUCUCACCAAAGAAUUCACACAGGGGAAAAACCAUACAAAUGCCUGGAGUGUGGAAAAGGAUUCAAUAGGCAUGACAGCCUUGCUUCUCAUCAAAGAAUUCACACAGGGGAAAAACCAUACAAAUGCCUGGAGUGUGGAAAAGCUUUCAGUCACAGCAAAAGUCUUGCUUGUCACCAAAGAACUCACACAGGAGAGAAACCAUACAAAUGCCUGGUCUGUGCAAAAAGCUUCCGUCAGAGUGGACAUCUUACUUCCCAUCAAGGUAUUCACACAGGGGAGAAACCAUACAAAUGCCUGGUGUGUGGAAAAGGCUUCAUUCAGAGUGACAGCCUUACUUCCCAUCAAAGAAUUCACACAGGGGAGAAACCAUACAAAUGCCUGGAGUGUGGAAAAGAGUUCAAUAGGAGUGAUAGCCUUACUUCUCAUCAAAGAAUUGACACACGGGAGAAACCAUGCAAAUGCCUGUAGUGUGGAAAAGCUUUCAGUCACUGCAAAAGUCUUAGUUUUCAUCAAAGAAUUCACACAGAGGGGAAAGCACACAAAUGCCUAGAGUGUGGAAAAGGAUUCAAUAGGUGUGACAACAUUAAUUCCCAUCAAAGAAUUUACACAGGGGAGAAGCAUACAAAUGCAUGUAGUGUGGAAAAGGAUUCAAUAGGAGUGACAGCCUUACUUCCCAUCAAGGUAUUCACACAGGGGAGAAACCAUACAAAUGCCAGGAGUGUGGAAAUUAUGUAGGGUGGUGAGAACCACAAAGGAUUCCGAAGAGCUCCAAGUGGACCU